CUGCAGCCCUCGUGCAAAGCUCCGGUGCGCCUGCGUGCUGAAACCCACACCGAGCGGCGGACCCGGACUGGAGGAGGCUCCCGUAGCAGCAUCCGCGGAGGAGCAGAGGAGGAGGAGGAGGAGCAGGAGGAGGAGGAAGAGGAGGAGGACCGACGGUCGAGGCUGAGCAGUGACGGGCCGCCCGGUACCGGAGACACGGGACCGCGUCUGGAGCCGCGCGAUCGGAUGAGAGAGCGCGAGGAAGAGGAGGAGGAGGAGGCUGAGGUAGCGGGGGGCGAGUCACAGGUCGGCGUGGAGCGUCGGUCCUUGACGGCCUGGCGACGGCGGGGUGUCAGCAUCACUGUGUCCGGCAGCAGCCGGGCGCGCGCCUGUGCGCGUGCUGGGUGGAGGGUUCGACCGGGGAGGAUUGUGGGAAGGCCCGCUGGUGUAGUGAGCGUGUGUCCUGGGAAGGCGGAGUCUGUCCGGGCGGUCGAUGUCCUGACGGUGCUCAGAGAGAAAGUGGCCUUUGUGUCAGGUGGACGGGACAAGCGAGGGGGGCCCAUCCUCACCUUUCCUGCCAGGACCAAUCACGAUCGAAUAAAACAGGAGGACCUCAGCCGCCUGGUGACAUACCUAUCCACCAUCCCCAGCGAGGACGUGCGUGCGCGCGGCUUCACGGUGGUGGUGGACAUGCGCGGCAGUAAGUGGGACAGCGUGAAGCCGGUGCUGCGCACCCUGCAGGAGUCCUUCUCCUCCAGCAUCCACAGCGCCCUGCUCAUCAAGCCCGACACCUUCUGGCAGAAGCACAAGACCAACCUGGGCAGCGCCAAGCUCAGCUUCGAGGGGGUGCUGCAGCGCCCCCAGCACCCCCUUCCUGCUGUAAGAGCUGUGUGUCUGCAGACCAGCCUGGUGUCCGUGGAGGGCCUGUCCCGAUUGGUGGACCCCUCCCAGCUGACCUCUGACCUGGGCGGGUCCCUGGAGUACGACCAUGUGGAGUGGACCGAGCUGCGCCUGGGCCUGGAGGAGUUCUCAGGGGCGGCCUCCCAGCUGCUGGCCCAGCUGGAGCAGCUGGAGGCCGGGCUGAGCCGGGUACCCGAGCCCCAGGAUAUGGACGAGGCCCGCAAGCUCCUGGAGGAGCACGGCCGGCUGCGGAACGCCAUCGCCACGGCGCCCGUGGACGCCCUGGACCGGGAGGGGCGGAGCCUAUUGCAGCGCAUGCGCCUAGGCCCCUCCCACGGCGACGCCCCCAGCGAGGGGGGGGGCGGCGGCGGCGGGGGGGGCACCUGGCUGUCGGGCGGCGCCGACUUCCAGAGCGUGGCGCCGAAGGUGUCGUCGCUGCUGGAGCGGCUGCAGGCCGGGCGCGGCCACCUGCUGCAGACCUGCGCCGACCGCAAGCUGCACCUGGACCAGGCGCUGCAGCUGCACCUGUUCCAGCAGGACGCCGCCAAGGUGAGGGCCGCCGCCGGACAGGUGAGGGGCGCCCAGGUGAGGGUCGGCCAGGUGAGGGCCGCCCAGGUGAGGGCCGCCCAGGUGAGGGGCGGCCAGGUGAGGGGCCGCCCAGGUGAGGGGCGCCCAGGUGAGGGCCGCCCAGGUGAGGGGCGCCCAGGUGAGGGCACCGGCCGCCCAGCAUCCGUGAGCAGCCGCCCCCCCCCCCCGGCCUGA